AUCGUUUUAAAAAAAAACUUUUUAAUUGAGGACAAAAUGGAUAAAAAUAUCAAAAGUGAAAUAAUAAAAAAUAAAUAAAUAAGUAUCUAUACUUGACGGUAUUUAUUCUAAAAUCGUUUCAAGUAAUAAAUAUUAUUAAGUCCUAAGACCGGUCUAGUCCAUAUCCGGUUUCCAAAAAAAUAUGGCGGACGUCGAAGGUUUUCGAGAAGAAGCAACUCGCAUUAUUCACUCUUUAUGUAGAAAUUUAAUGACGCAAGAUACAGAUGCAAAUUUGUGUGAAGCUAGUCUUAUCACUUUGACAGCAUUAAGUCGGAAUGCACGACGUAUGUGUACCCGUUAUCCCAUUUUUGAACGGUUGUGUGAGAUUAUCGACUCGUUGAUGUCGACAAUUGAAGAGCGAAAGAGGACGCUGCAGCCUCUCGUUGGUUUCUUCGCCGCAAAACAGACUACAACCAGAGGCAGACCACUUUACGUCAUUAGUCGAGAGCAGCUGGAGUAUCUAGUUGAAGCAGGCUUCAAACGAAGAGCUAUUGCUAGUCUGCUUCAGGUGUCAGAUUCUGUUAUUAAGCGCAGCCUCAGGUCAUAUGGUAUAAGCAUCAGAGGAAGGUACUCAAGCAUCUCCAACGAGGAACUUGACAAUCUGGUCCGAGAGAUAACAGAUGGCAAUCAGACACUUGGGCAACGAAUGGUUCAGGGACAUCUUCAGAGUCUAGGACAUCGGGUUCAAAGACAACGUGUUGCUGACAGUCUGAUCCGGGUUGACGAAGCAGCUGUAGCCAUGCGAUGGUGUCACUCGAUUCGGCGAAGGGUGUACAAUGUUGCUGGUCCAAACUCAUUGUGGCACAUAGAUGGAAACCACAAAUUGAUAAGAUGGGGUUUUGUCAUACACGGAGGCAUUGAUGGCUUCUCGCGGAUGUGUGUUUUCCUCCAAGCUGCAACCAACAACAAGGCUACCACGAUGACAAAAGCCUUCAUGACAGGCACCCAGUGCUAUGGUGUCCCAUCAAGAGUCCGCAGCAAUCACGGGCUGGAAAAUACCGGCGUUGGGGCGUUUAUGGUAGCGCAUCGUGGACCUCGUCGGGGUUCUUUCAUCACGGGAAGGAGCGUCCACAAUCAGCGGAUUGAACGCAUGUGGCGUGACCUGUUUGCCAGUGCAACAAACGUGUUUCACGGAUUGUUUUCACAUCUUGAGGAGUCUGGACAGUUGGAUUUGACAAAUCCAGUGCACAUGUGGUGCCUUCAUCACGUGUUUGUGCCUCGUGUCCAGCGAGCGUUAGACAUAUUCCGUGAGGGCUGGAACUGCCACAGGUUGAGCAGUGAAAGAGGUAGAACCCCCACACAGCUCUUCAUUGAGGGCAUGAUGCGCCAAGCUGGACAGGGUCAUAGGGGCAUCGACGACAUGGUGUUCCGUGCUCCGGAGGAAGCCAUCCAAGACCAUACUGAAUAUGGUAUUGACGAUGAGGUCGAGGUAGCCCCCCGAGAAGACAUGAUCACCAAUGUGUCAAAUGUAGACUGUCCUCUGAAUGAGCAGGACUUCACAAGACUAACACAAACUUUGAACAUUGAGAGUGACCACCAGGGUGUGGAUUGUUUCUUGGCAUGUGUUGAGUUUUGCAAUUCUGUGUAGUGACCAAGCUAUGAUUACAUGAAACUGCUUAUAUGGUGACCAGAAUCAGAUAGUGAAUUAUCGGAUGAUGAUUGUUGUGGCAACUAGUCUAGUUGCCAUAACAAUCAUCAUCCGAUAAUUCACUAUCUGAUUCUGGGUCAUAUUCUAAUAUAGUUUAGAUUAGAAUCACCUGAAACUGUUUUAUAUUCACAAUUCACAUUAAUAUCCUCUUUUUUAACUGGGGAAAUACAUGUAAAAUAUGUGCCAAAAAUCGCUCGAAAGCCACGAUUUGGCACCUUUAUUUAAAAAAAAACUUGGCCUCCUCAAAUAAUUCAAAAGACUGCUACAAAGAAUUCUAAUGAAAACCCUGAUGUAUGUCAGAUAUAUGAAGUUUAUAUACUCAAUGUCAUGUUUCAGCGAUUGUGUUGUUUUAAAAACAUAAAGUUGAUUUUGAAAGUGAUAUUUGAUGUUAAGCUCACCUGACACACAGUGACAAGAUGAACGUUUGUGGCCGUGAUUUUGUGACCAUUAAACAUUUCACCCUUAA